GUAAAGGGUUAUCAAAGUUUUACGCCGGGCUAGACGAGCUUUUAAAAUAGCAAACUUCUUCACAGGUGAAUUAACCAAUCAGAGAAUAAAACACCUUACACUCAUCCAAUCACAGCCUACUUCCUGCAAUACGGACGUUGUCCAAAGAUGGCUGCUGCAGUAACAGUGAAGGAGAAAAGUCCAUUAGUGUUUGAGAGAACAAAAUAACUUUGGAAGGAUAUCAACAGCUGCUUAAAAGACCCAUAAGUCGGUGUCAAAAACCAGAGCCCAUCUCCUGGUGGUAACCUGCUGAUCCCUGCAGGUGUUGCUGUUCUUUCCUGUCACUCUGGCAGAGGACGGUUUCCAGGUGGGAACUCCCAGCAGCACCACCCUGCCUCUGCCUGCUUUUCCUCGUCUCUGCGUAUGAGUGACCUGAGGGCGUCGGGAAGAAACGGCCCCGCUGUGGGCUCCCCGUAUCUAUACGCGCUGCAGUGGCACUGAAGGCCUCUUGCCAGGUGUCGAUGACAGCUUGAGAAGCAGAGCAUGUGGAGUGGUCGGGGUUGGCAUGGCGACGCAGGACAAGAAGCAGGAGGCAGAUGGUGUGACUUGUGGCCUUUCCACCAGCCAGGCUCUGGUGAAGCUCCGGGACCAGCUCAGCAGCCUGCUGGAGCAGCACCAGAGAGCCACACGGAGACGGGUUUCUUGGCUGGAACAGUGGCAAAAUAGCUUCAUUUACCAUGGCAACCGGCAAUCCUGUCUCCACUGGCCAGGCGGGGCUUUGACUCUUCUGGUGGUGGUGGGACUCCUCUGCUGCCAUGGCAGCCAGCCGAAGGGCAGCUCUGGUAUAGAGAUGGUGAAUUCUGCAGCCCUGCUCCUUCUCUUCCUGUUAAACCUGCUUCUGGUCGGACGCCAGGAGAGGCUCAACAAAACCGAGAUGGUCCGGCGCCUCAAAUGCAUCAUCGCACAGCUCAAUGAUUAUCUGUCAGGGUGUGUGGAUGAAAUUCAGUGGCCAUCUUCUCUUUACCCUGACCUCUACACGCCCUCAUCUCCAUCAUGGUCACUUCACUGGACCUACCGGGACACCCAGCUGGUUAACCUCCCCGUCAGUCUGCUGGUGGAAGGAGACAUAAUUGCUCUUCGACCUGGCCAGCAGGCGUUUGCUUCUCUCCGGGGCGUCAAGGAUGAUGAGCACAUAGUUUUGGAACCAGGAGAUUUAUUCCCACCAUUAUCGCCCCCCCCUUCGCCUCGGACUGAGAAGAGGGGGCCCCAGAGCCCCCAGCAACAUCGCCUCUUCAGAGUGGUUCGGACCCCGGUGCUGGAGCCGGUCAGGAACGCUUUGGAGCUGGCCCUGUCCCGGCCAAUCACAGCGCUGGAUAAUGAGAGGUUUACUGUUCAGUCCAUCAUCACGAAGCUCGUCUGUCCUGUUGUGCUGGUGGCGUUCCUGGUGGUGAACACAAUUCGCUUUUUCUGCCAGGCCCCCAGCAUCACUCCUCCAUGCUACAACUUCCUUCAGCUCCAGCUCAUGGCUGUGCUGCCCAUCCUGCCCCUGCUCUUCCCUGUCAUGUGGGUCCUGGUAAAUGCCUUUGGAGAGGCCAGAGUCCUGUCUGAGUUCAGUCGCGCAUCUCCAGCUGGCUUGCUUGCUAAGUUCUCUGAGGACACUCUAAGCAGCUACACCGAAGCAGUUUCCUCGCAGGAUUUGCUGCGCUGUGUCUGGAGACACAUGGUUGGCGUGUUGAACGGAGAAUCUGAGACUCUGUGCUACACCUCAAGCCUGCUGCACACUCUGGGCUCUGUCACUGUGCUGUGCUGCGUGGACAAGCAGGGCAUCCUGUCAUGGCCAAACCCGAGUCCAGAGACGGUUCUGUUCUUCAGUGGGAGAGUGGAACCGCCUCACAGCAGCCAGGACGACCUCCGAGACGACCUGUCGGUGAACUCCUACUGUCGGAUGGAGACUGAAGAUGACCGGGAUGAGUCUCAGGAAGCAGAGACUCUGCUCUGUCCCCCGGAGGAACCCGCCCCCCAGCUGGGGGAUGCAGCCGAGCCCAGUGAGACGUCACAUGACGCGGCUCGACUGUCUGAGACGGUCAGACUCCGGCGGCCUGCUCAGCCCACCACACAUUCCCGGACCAAACAUCACUCUGGAUCCAAUGUCAGCUUCAGCCACGACACCGAGGGAGGCGAGGAGGAGCAGGAUUUUGCUCUGGGCUGUCCAGAAGCUGAGGCAGAGGACUUUGUGUGCGACUACCACCUGGAGAUGCUGAGCUUGUCCCAAGACCAGCAGAACCCGACCAGCAUCCAGUUCGACGAUCUCUCCUGGCAGUGCCACCUGCCCUCUCUGAAGCCGCUGGGCCUCAACAUCAUGCUGAACCUGUGCAACGCCGGGGUCACCCAGCAGCUGUGCCGCUUCUCAGACCAUCUGUCCAACCUGGCCCUGCAGGAGAGCCACGGCUCCGUGCUGCCUGUCUACGUUCCCUGGGGCCUCUGUGAGCUCUCAAGGCUGAUAGGCUUCACUCCUGGAGCCAGGGAGCUGUUUAAACAGGAGAACCACCUGACCCUCUACCAGCUGCCAACCAGAGAGAAGACCAAGGAGUUCACCUCUCGCCGCCUGCCAUCCUUCACCAAGCGCCAGCCCCCCAUCUCCCACCUCAUGUCCCUGUGUGUGCGAGACUCCUCCUCCAACAGCGUCCAGAUGCUGUCACAUGGUUCGGCUGACCUGAUCCUAGAGGCCUGCACUGACUUCUGGGAUGGAACUGAUAUCUACCCCCUGUCAGGCUCAGACAGGAAAAAGGUUCUAGACUUCUACCAGCGUGCCUGCCUGUCAGGUUACUGCUCCGCCUUCUCCUACAAACCCAUGCAGGUGUCUCUGUCCGGCCAGCUGAAUGGGAAGUGUGUGGAGCUGGCCUCGGGUCCCUGCCUGUUCUCCGGCGUCGAGCUGCCCUCCACCACGCCCAUCAAACACAACCUGUGCAGGAACAGCUGGAGCUCAGACGAGGGGAUCGGAGAGGGAGUGGAGCGGGAGGACUGUGUCCAGGCGCUCAGCGGACAGAUCUUCAUGGGGAUGGUGUCGUCUCAGUUCCAGGCCAAGUUGGACACGGUCCGUCUCAUUGAUGCGCUGGUCACUGCUUGCAUCCGCUUUGUGUAUUUUUCCAUGGAGGAUGAGCUGCGCAGCAAGGUGUUUGCAGAGAAGAUGGGUUUAGAGACAGGCUGGAACUGUCACAUAUCUCUGACUCCAAACGGAGACGGCCCCUGUGAGGGGCCUCCGUCCAGCCCGGGACACGGUUCCCUGCAUGAAGACCUCCACCAGGACUCCCGGGACGAGGCGGAGGGUCCGCUGCUGCAGGAGGAGGAGGCCCAGUCCGACCUGGCCAGCUUCCAGCCGACAGACAGCGACGUGCCAAGCUUCCUGGAGGAUUGUAACAGAGCCAAACUGCCUCGGGGGAUCCACCAGGUCCGUCCUCAUCUGAAGAACAUCGACAACGUGCCUCUUUUAGUGCCGCUCUUCACUGACUGCACCCCCGACACCAUGUGUGAGAUGAUGAAGAUCAUGCAGGAGAACAGGGAGGUGACCUGCUGUCUGGGAAGCUCCGCCAACUUCCGCAACAGCCGCCUCUUUCUGCAAAGCGAUCUCAGCAUUGGGCUGGACCCUCUGUAUCCGUCUCAGUGCUCAUGGGAGACCUUUGGCUACGCCACAGGAGGAGGCUUCAGCGGAGAGGCUGAAGGACUCUCUCCUCUCAGACUGUCGGGACAGCUGAACAGCCUGGGCUGCUCCGUCUCCUUUCACCAGGGAAACAGUGUUAGCUUGAUUAAACUCAUAGAGCAGGCACGACAUACAACGUCUGGUAUCCGCAAGUGCUUUCUCUUCCUGCUGCAGUGCCAGCUCAGUCUGGUCAUUCUUCAGUUCUUGGCCUGCCUGGCUCAGCUUCCUCCUCCCAUGAACACCACUGACAUCCUCUGGAUGUCCUGUUUCAGCUGCCCUUUACUCAGUGUGUCACUGUUGGGAAAGCCACCGGACAAUUCGGUCAUGACAGUUGCCACAGGAAAGAACCUGGAUUCAAUCCCAAAGAAGACUCAGAACUACUUCCUGGGCUGUUUCUUCUUAAAGUUUGGUCUCUCAGUGUGUGUGUACCUGUUGGUGUUCGGCUUCACCCUGCAGACUGUGUGCCCUGCUGGCACCAACCUCACCCUGAGUAACAACUCAAUUAUCAAGUGCAGCUCCAUAUUCACAGCCAGCUCAUCACCACAGCCUCUGGUGUGGUUUGGUGAUCUGUCCAACGGCCUGCUGCUGACCCAAAAGCUCUUGGCUGGUUUUCUGGUGCUUCACACAGUGGUCAUCUCCCUCAGCUACGUCCAUCGCUCCCAGCCUCUGUGGAGGAAGACUCCCUUCAACAACACCUGGUGGUGCCUCACUGUGCCCGUGGUACUGCUGGGCCAGGGCGUUCAGGCCACGGUGGACUACCAGCUGUGGAGGGACCAGAGCAGCCCUCUGACCUUCAGCCUGGCCAACAUUCCCCUGGAGGUGUGGCUGCUGGCCUCCCUGUCCCCGCUGCUGGUAGUGCUGGUCAACGAAGUGGUGAAGCUGCAUGAGAUACGGGAACGGGUUCGGUACCAGAAGAGACAGAAGCUGCAGUUUGAAACCAAACUUGGGAUGAACUCUCCUUUCUAAAGCCCCUCCCCCGCCACACCCCCCCAUCAGAGGACGAAGAUGUUCUGGCAGCUCUGGGCGCCAGCUGGUUCCCUCCAGAAACCAGCAGCAGCCCCUCUGCUCCCCCUGCAGGGAGGAGCAGGUGUCAUGGUGGACGGUGGCGCUGGUUGAACUGCUGAUGUUGCUGCAGCUGGCCGGGAUCGGGGCCGGGGCUGGGGCCGGGGUCAGACCUGCGGCGCUUCAGCGUGGCUGUAGAGGUGUGAAGAACGCUGUUGGACAUGUUUACUGUAUAUUCCCAGGUUCCGCUCCGUUCUCCACCAGGAUCCAUGUGCAUGUUCUCCAGGAAUGCUCCACAUCCCGUAGAGCGCUGCAGCUGACAUUCACCUCAUCACUGUGUAUCAUAGUUCAUCAUUCUUCACAAAAACAUGGCUUUUUUUUUUUUUACUCUUUUUUAAAUGUAAAUGUAGGGCUAAAAAAAAAAUAAACAAAAAAAAACAAACAAACACUGCAAAUGCCUGAAAGUAUGGAGCUCCAUUGUGUGCGAGAGUCUCAGAGAAAUGGCCCAAAAUAAGCUGUGGAGAAAAAAAGUAAUCUAAGGAAUUGGAGAAUAUUUAGUGUAAAUCCUGAACUAUUUCUCAAUAACUAAACGUUUUUUUAAAGGUUUUAUUUCAUGCCUUGGAUUUUUAGUUGACUUCUUUACAAACAUGAUAUAAAAGGUUUCCCUGGAGACCUCCUCAGCCAAUCACUGGCUUCACUUGAGAUCAUCAUGGUCACCUGAGCUGAGACCAGCAUGCACCAGCACAGUUCAGCAACACAAUGCCAUGAACCCAGCUACAGGUUGGAGUUCUCACUACUGCUGUUAAACAACCACUUCCAGUGAAAAUAAAAUGUUGGAGAUCAUUUUGUCUGUCCCUGGGUGUCCGUCUGUCCCUGGGUGUCCGUCUGUCCCUGGGUGUCAGUCUGUCCCUGGGUGUCCGUCUGCAGCAUGUCAGUGUGUUUGGUGCAUGCAGUCCCCAUGUUCUAUCACACAAUAGGUUUGAUACAUAUACACAUAUACAUAUGUAUAAACAUAUAGAUAUGUCGAUAUGUGUAUAUAACAAUUGUAGAAGAUCCAAGCAAAAUUUUCUUUAAAAUACAUAUAUUUUUGAACAUACCUGUUACACCUGGCAUUUCUUGUUCAUUUCGUGGUUGCUAUACUGGCUUGAGGAACAAGGCAGCUUCAUAAAUUUAACUGGCAGCCAAUCAGAAAGAUGAGCAUGCCAAAUAACAUUUCAGCAAACGACGGUAUUUAAAUGAAUACUUUUUAGUAAUUAUUGAUAAAGAGAUUACAUUUUCUGAUUUAAAAAAUUCUGAUUAAAAUUUUGAUUUUAAAAAUGUAUUAUUUUGAUUGUUUUCAUGUGUUCCAGUUAUUAGUCAGAAACCCAGUGGGAUUUGUUCCGUUUAGCUCAGUAACUGGCUAACUGCUAGCCGCUAUUAGCCAUUACUACAUUAAAGGAGCGGGGCCAUAAUGGGCAUAAUGUGCAUAAUGUGCGCUAACAGAUUUGCCACAGACUUUAUGGUGCAAACUGAGAGAACGGCAACCAUUUAUUACUGCAGCUGUCACUAUUGCAGUAGUGGUGCAGCCAUGUUGAUUUUGAGUUUGGAUCAAUGUGAAGACCUUUCCAACCUUCACAGGUUAAGAGUUUCCAGUCCAGUUUUUCAGACUUUAGAGUCCGAAGCGAACCAGUUCAAUCCCAUAAUUCCUUGUUCUGCUGUGAGAACUUCUGCUGUCUGUAUGGAAGCCAGUCCAGUUUGUUGUGAACCGUUUCCUGAAUGUUCUGAAACGUAGGAAUCUGUUGGUGCUUGAAAACACCCAAACUUUUAAUUGGAAGUGACAACUUGCCAUAAAACCCGAAUUUUAUUUCUUUUUUUUUUUUUUUACUGCAUUAUGUUAACAUUGGGGUUUCAUAUAAACGAGGCUGUCUGUCUCUACCUUUAAAAACAUUCUGACCCACAAGCUUUUCUCUGCUGCGUUUGGAUCCAGAUUGAGUUGUUUUAUUCAUACCUACAUUCAGCCAAAUCUUCUAUAUUAUGACUUUGCUCUUUGCUAAUGGAUGUUUGUGCUGAAUUUCCAGAUUCUUCUAGAUGCAUUUUAUACCCGAGUUGCUUCAGCCUCUAGUUUUAAUCUAAAUCUCGACUGAAGGAUCUCAACUUAUAGAAGUCAAUUUUAUGUUGCAGAGAUUUAAUAUCUGAAUUGGCUAAAAAUCAUUCAGAGGUUCUGGUCCUAUAAUAAUCUAAAAAUGUUUGAUUAUUAGGACUUUGAUUUGUUGAAGCGCCAAAUCGAUAAACGUCUGUAUCCUUGGUGAUCUCCUUCAGUCAAACCAGCCUCGUGGAAACGGUCUGACAUCGCUGCUGUUUCUUACGCUAUUCUGUAGACAAAAAGAAUGAUAAAUUCCAAAAUCAGUGCCUCAAUGAAAAGCAAAACGAUUUCAUCAGGAUGUGAAUCUGGGGUCACAGUGGGGUCACGCCGGGGUCACAGCCACACAAAGGACCGGAGCAUCAACCUGAGAGCAGAUCGCUCCAUUACAGUCUUCAGAUCAGACAAAACAAUACUAACUUUUAAAAGUUGGUCCUUAAAAUAAGUGUCACAAAUACAACAAAACACACACACGCACACACACACACACAGCUCCUGACCAUGUUGGAAUGUGACAGAAUGCUGUAAGCUUGAAUUUGAUCAUUUUAUUUGUAAAUCUUGCCAUAACUAUAUGUUGGAUUUCAUGCAGUUUUUAAAAUCACUGACAGAACUGUGAGACUUAAAUAAAAGCCUGAAGCCAAGCAGCCUGGUGUGUGCUGGUCGUCUUCCUCCGAUGGUCACUACUGGUCACACUGAGGUCAGGGCUUUCACUGAACUCGCUUAUCACAUAUUAUACAGGCUUUCUGAAAAGCUUUCAUACUUUUUGUCUUGAUAAAAAAUAGAAAGCAAAGCUAAUUAUUGGUGGCUGGAAACUUUUCCAUGUUACUGAAAGUCAGCAGGAGUUUUUGUGUAAGAGUUUAUUUGAAAUUCCAGAUGAAUGUUUUUAACGUUAAAAACAGAAAAAUUCUGUAUUUUUACUGUUUGGUUGUUCUGCAUGAACUGAGAUGCUUCCAUAAGGACAGUCAAUGUACAUGUUGUAGAUUUUAAAGUGUAUAUUCAGACAGAUUUGUUUGUGUCUCGAUUAUAUCUGAGAAUUAAAUUGGUAAAGGACU